AUGCUGGCAGCCAUGUGUGUUCCUAGCAAUUUGAAGCAGUUCAAAGGCGUACAAGCUACCGUGGUGGAAGCUAAACGCCAGACACAACUUCGACUACAACGCUCGGCAGAAGCGGACGAUCAGAGUCAAGACAUCCUUUCUCAGCUCCUGAGCAAAGUGGGGCAGAAAGAUAGUGAAGCUUGGUUCACACACAAAGAAGUCACAUUGGAGUCUUGGGCUGGCAUCAUGGCCGGCGCUGAUUCUGUCGCUGUCAACUUAAGGGCAGUUUUAUACUACCUUAUGAGAACACCCGAUGCCAUGUCUAAAGCGACCCAGGAGCUACAGACCCAGCAACACCUCCUCAACACACCUGUCAGCUUUGAAGAGUCAACGAAGCACCUACCGUAUAUCAGUGCGUGCAUUAAAGAAGCCUCUCGCCUUUUUCCAAGUACCGGAUUCAACAUGAGUCGGAUAGCUCCUGCACAGGGUAUUACCCUGUCUGGCAUCUACAUUCCGGCUGGAUACCACGUCGGUAUCAAUCCGCAGAUAGUACAAUACGACAAGAAGCUCUUCGGCGAAGACGCUUCGGAGUUUCGACCAGAGCGCUGGCUAGAGAGCGAGGCCAGAAAAUUUGAGAUGGAAAGGGGGAUGUUACUGUUCGGUGUAGGAAAGAGGACAUGUAUCGGGAAGAACAGCUCCUCCGCUGUUUCGACAUGCACAUGGCUCAUGAUCGACCCUGGAAGACGUUCAAUGCUGGAUUUGUGA